CUCAUCAAACUUUAUUAUAUAUCAGUGGUAGAUGUAUAUAGAGAUAUUACAAAAAGUUGGGCGAUUCAUCAUUAGACAUUACUUCAUAAAGUAACGCAAAGCCUAAUUUGUGAAAUCCCAAUACAUACAUACAUAAGUAUACAUUUUAGUUCCCUCUGCCGCUUAGCCAAAAGGCAGAGGUUAAGAAGAAAAAGAAAAGACUCCAUAGUAAAGUUAGCCAAAAUUUUGGACCCAUCUCAUCACCAUCGAUAUAUGACGAUCAGAGCCACAGCGCACCAGCCCGUUUGAGCAUGCCAGACAAAGAACCGUUGAGAUGAAGGGUCAUGAUCUCAUUGGCACCACCAACAAGGUUCCCGCCGAUGAACACAACAGGAAAGUCACCGGCAACACCGUGCCGAGCCAGUGCCUGCUCGAUCUCCCGGCCACCGGGGAUCUGGUCGAGCUCGUAGACCGUUGGGUUGACGCCAAAGUCGAAGAACAAGGUUUUGAUGGUGUGGCACAUGCAGCACGUGCUCUUGCUGAACACCACCACCGGCCUCUCCGCCGCCAGUUGGAACACUCGAUCCAUUUCGGCCUUAUAGAAUACGUGUGAGCAAUGGGUUGAGAAGAAUGAACAGUGGAUGGGUUGAAUUUGGUUUGUGUGGAAACGGGGAGGGGGGAAGUGGA